GCCAUCCGACGCAGAUGCCUCUGGCCCCGCUCCGCGUUCUGCCCGCCUUGGCGCUUUGCGCGCUGCUGUGCGCGGCCGCGUAUCCGCCGAAACCCGAAAACCCCGGAGACGCGGCGUCGCCCGAGGAGAUCGCGCAGUAUUUCUCCGCGCUGCGCCAUUACAUCAACCUGGUCACACGGCAGCGGUAUGGGAAGCGCAGCAGCUCCGUGCCUGCAGUGUUGGUGCAGCCCGUGGGUCCCCGCAGUGAUGCACUGUGGUCCGACAUCGAUGACGACUCCGCCUGGUGACCCCCGUUACCCCAAAGUCACCCCCCACCCCCCAACCCCACCAAUUGUCCCCCAUCUCUCCGUGUUGCUCCCAUCCGAGUGAGGGUGCAGCACUGGGGGCUGCAU